GGUCGUUACAUAUAAUAUCUGUUUUGUACAGGUACUAAUAAUUAUACCGAUAUCAAUCUUUGUCGUACAAAUAAAUAAAAAAAUAGGUAAACACAGAUUUCAACCUGACAUGCCAGAAAUGGAAACGCUUAGACAUCUUCAAGUUCAAGUCCAAUACAUACCCAUUCGAAGAAAAGGAAUGCAUAUACCAAAGAAAAGUUAUAACGGCCCUUAAAUCAUAAAUCAUAAAUUAUAUAACUUAAUAAAGAUUGUUUUUUCUAGCAGGUUGAACAAUUAUUUAAACGAUGCUUCUGCUCAUUAUUGCUUGUGUGAUAAGUGCUAGUUGUGCAACCAAGCUGAACUACAAAUUUGUUGGCGAGAAAUACGACCCAAACCCUUUACAUGAAAGUGUGUGGAAACAGGCCGGAGGCAGCGCUGGAUACUUCCCACAUCCAGGUCCAAGGAAUAUGCCAUCAGUAGUUUUACCGAGACCAGGCAUUGUUAACCCUAGAAACACAUACGUCGAUUACUACAACCGUAAUCUCCAAAACGGUUAUGGUUAUGGCAAUGGUAACGGUCACCAAGGAGGAGGAUAUGGAGGGUAUGGAAACGGUGGAGGUCAGAGCUAUGUAAUUGUUUCUGGGGGAGGUCAAGGUUAUGGAAACGCCUAUGGAGGAGGUCAGGGUUAUGGAAAUGCCUAUGGUGGUGGUCAGAGUUCUGGAAUUUCCUUUGGUGGUGGUCAGAGCUAUGGAAACGCUUAUGGUGGUGGUCAGAGUUAUGGAAAUGAUGGUGGACAGAGUUACGGAAUUACCUACGGUGGAGGUCAGGGUUAUGGAGAUUCAUAUGGCAGAGGUCAGAGUAAAGGAAAUUCUUUUACUUAUGGAGGGUCUAGCAGCAGUAACUACGGACAGGGAUAUGGUUACGGUAGCCAGGGGAACUCACGUGGGGGCGGUGUAAGAACUGUCUUUGCUCCACAAUUGUCUGGUAUGAUGAAGAACAUGCGUAUGUCUGGUAUGGUAGGGAAAGUUAUGGACGUAUCAGGCGGAGGAAAAGUAAGAAUAAAUAAUAUGCGACGUGGACAUGGAGCAACUAUUAUGCAAAUGGACAUUCUUAGACAACCAAGACGAGGCGGCAGACAUAAUAAUAAUUAUAGAAAUAACAAGUACUGAAGCAUCAAUAAAGAGGAAUAGCCUGAUUUCCUGACUGCGAGAUCUAAUUUUAACAUUCGAAGCAACAAGACUCAAAG